ACCUCAAAGACUCCAGCCACAAGCGCAGAGAAGGCACCUCCCGCAAUUAUCAUCCUAAACAACGACAGAGCCUAUCAAAGGGGAGUGCCUCCUCUCCGACGCCAGACAGGUCCGUAGAUAAGCGAAUGAUUCUUUUAGGAAAACGGUACAACCCGGAGCCUCUACCAGACCCCAGCACCUACGCCUAUUCGCGUCACCUCACGACCGGGAACCCACCGGGCUGGAGAGAGAGGGAUGGGGCACAGGGGAACAGUCACCGUGGCGAACCAUGUGUGCUCAGUACUGCAUCUCCUUUGCCGAUGUUGAAAAAGCUCAUAUCAACAUUCGAGAGUCUAUCCACCUCACACCAGUGCUAACAAGCUCCAUUUUGAAUCAAGUAGCAGGGCGCAGUCUUUUCUUCAAAUGUGAACUCUUCCAGAAAACUGGAUCUUUUAAGAUUCGUGGUGCCCUUAAUGCCAUCAAAGGCCUAAUUCCUGAGGCUUUAGAAAGAAAGCCCAAAGCUGUUGUUACUCACAGCAGUGGAAACCAUGGCCAGGCUCUCACCUACGCUGCCAAACUGGAAGGGAUUCCUGCUUAUAUUGUGGUGCCCCAAACAGCUCCCAACUGCAAGAAACUGGCAAUACAAGCCUAUGGAGCCUCCAUAGUGUACAGUGAACCCAGUGAUGAGUCCAGAGAAAAGGUCACAAAAAGAAUUAUGGAAGAAACAGAAGGUAUCAUGGUACAUCCCAACCAGGAGCCUGCAGUGAUAGCUGGACAAGGGACAAUUGCCCUGGAAGUGCUGAGCCAGGUUCCCUUGGUGGAUGCACUGGUGGUACCAGUAGGGGGAGGAGGAAUGGUUGCUGGAAUAGCAAUCACAAUUAAGGCCCUGAAACCUAGUGUGAAGGUGUAUGCUGCUGAACCCCUGAAUGCAGAUGACUGCUACCAGUCCAAACUUAAAGGAGAACUGACCCCCAAUCUCCAUGCACCAGAAACCAUAGCAGAUGGUGUCAAGUCCAGCAUUGGCUUAAACACCUGGCCUAUUAUAAGGGACCUUGUGGAUGAUGUCUUCACUGUCACAGAAGAUGAGAUCAAGUAUGCAACCCAGCUGGUGUGGGAGAGAAUGAAACUACUCAUUGAACCUACCGCUGGUGUUGGAUUGGCUGCAGUGCUGUCCCAGAAUUUUCAAACUGUUUCUUCAGAAGUAAAGAACAUAUGUAUUAUUCUCAGUGGUGGGAAUGUAGAUUUAACCUCCCUAAACUGGAUGAAGCAGUGAAAGACCA